AAAGCUUCAUUUUCUACUGACCGAAAACACCCUUGCAGUGUCAACUUCCAGGUCAAAGGCCUCACUGCGAGCAGUGAGCAUUGAGCUUAACCCACCUGAGAGGGGAAUGCUCUCUGCUGCUAAUGUAACGCAGAAAGGAAACUCCGCUCCAUCACCGAAUAAAUCUCCAAUGAAAACUCUAAUUUUGGCAGAUCCAAUUAGCUACACAAAUUUCCAAUCAUCCCCUUCAAAUUUUAUUUUUCACUUUCCAUCACUUUCACGGGGAAGUAAAAAAUCCAUUCAUGUUUCCCAGGCAAAAUCUCUCUUCAUUCCCAAACCCACCAACUGCUCCUCCAUCAAUUCGCCUGUCACCUCUAAUUCAGUCAAUUAUGGUGGUUGGGACGAUCUGAGACUCGGCGGUGAUUUGGUCAGCUCGGUUGGGUUUUUCCGUGGUGGGAGUUUCAAUGAAUUUAGUGUGAAUGCAAGUAAGAAGAGGGCAAAAGAUGAAAACUUUAGGUUGUAUGCUGAGAGAUUGAGGAGUUUGGUUGGGGUUUUUGACGGGUUUGGUGCUAAAUUUAAUGAUUUGAAGAAUGCUAUACAAAGAGCUAUUGAUACUAAAGAGAUUGACGUAGUUGAUUUGGAAAAUUAUAUCAGUGUCAUUGAAUCAAUACAGGCAUCGGCAUUGAAUUCCAAAAAUGUUGUCGAGGCCACCAUUGAUGGUCUAGGAAAUUCUGUCAGUGUGUUGGAAAACCAGAAGUCAUCCGGUAGAAAAAAGAAAGAGAUUGGAGAAGUUGGGUUUGAGAUCUUGCAAUUUGUUGGGGGUUUGUUUGGUGAGAAACUGGUUGACUCAAAGCCUAAUAAAGUGAAAGACAAAGACAAUGUUAAGCAAGUGGCUGUGCAAGGUUUAGCAAAUGAUCAAAGUCAAGGCAACAGCCACGGUUUAGCAAAUGAUCAAGCUCAAGGAAACAGCUCGACUAUGGUGAUGGAAGGAGGGAUUCUUAAUUCUGUUGAUAAUGACAAAGGAAAUAGGCCUUCCAUGUUUUCUCAAGGUUUAACAAAUAAGUCUGCUUUAGAUUGGGACAGUGAAAGAAGAAUCAGAAUAAUAUCAGAAAAUGCCAAAAUGAACAGAGGAGAAAAAGCCGGGAAUGGAAAAAGAUAUAUUGAUGCUGAAGAGUUUUCUUACCAAAGUAGCAGAUUGCGGUUUGUAGAUAAUCAAUCUGUCUCUUGGAAGAUGAACCAAAAUAAAGAAAAUGAAACAUGGAAAUCCCAUGACAAUCUCCGUAACUCUAUGGAUCUUGAUUUCAGUUACAAACAUAUGGAAACAGAAUCUUCCUUUGUACAAGAGCAGAUGUUGAAGCAAUCUAGUGCAGGUUACAAGUCUUCUCACAGCAGGAAAAUUAAUGAAGAUGAAACUUAUAGAUCUCAAUUCAGAGAAGAGGAGCUAAAUGAUGAUUCCUGGUUGGCUGAUCAUCAUUCAGUAUCAGAAAGUGAAAUUGGUUCCUCUUCAUCUUCAAUGGUUUCAGAUGAUGUGAUGUUUGACAGUUAUCUUACUGAAGCAAACAACCUUCUGAAACAAGCCAAGGAAUGUAUAAGGGGAAAACAUGAUGAAGAGCAUGUGGAGAUUAUACUAUAUAAGUCUGCCAAGUUACUCUCUAAAGCCCUGGCGAUGAAGCCUAUGAGUUUGUUGGCCAUUGGCCAAUUGGGCAAUACAUAUCUCCUUCAUGGAGAACUAAAAUUAAAGAUCAGCCGUGAAUUGAGAACUGUCCUCUCAAGAAGGGAUCCCUUAUUGUUUGAAAACCAACAUAGAAUAGUGAAAGGCUUAGAUGAGCGAGUAACAAAUAAAGAUAAAAUUGCAUCUGCUCUUGUUAAUGUGUGUGAAGAAUGUGAAGAACUUCUUGUGGAGGCAGGCAGAAAAUAUAGGAUGGCAUUAUCAAUUGAUGGGAAUGAUGUAAGGGCACUAUAUAAUUGGGGGCUUGCUCUCUCUUUUCGUGCUCAAUUGAUUGCCGAUAUCGGACCAGAAGCUGCUUUUGAUGCUGACAAAGUGUUCUUGGCUGCAAUUGAUAAAUUUGAUGCGAUGAUGUCCAAAGGCAAUGUUUAUGCACCAGAUGCUUUGCUUAGAUGGGGCGUGGUCCUGCAGCAAAGAUCUCGAUUACGGCCACGGAAUAGUAAAGAGAAGGUUAAGUUGCUAAUGCAAGCAAAGCGACUCUAUGAAGAUGCACUCAAUAUGGACUCUAACAAUCUCCAAGUAAGAGAAGCUUUAUUAUCAUGUGUAGCUGAGCUUAAUCGCAGGCUCCUUUAAUUGCUAGAAGUAAUGCGCUCAACAACCCCUCAAUUUUAUCCUCUCCUUGGCCCUCUUGGUUUUCAUUGUUAGGAGUUUUUAUUCACUGGCCAAUCUUAUAUUCUAUGUACAGAAACCAAUCUUGCUGUUCUACACAACAAUUAGCCAUCAUCAAAUCCAUGGAACCAAUGUCUAUCAGUUCUCUUUCCUCUCACUCCUCACACCCUUCCUUUUCAGGGCAUGUUCAACUUAGACCACAAAUGAUUAUUGUCAUUGAAAAUUGGUUUUGUUGGUUUUUUUCUUAUAAAUAAUGAGGAAUGGAUAUUUAUGAAUUACAAUUUUGUGCAAAGAAGGUAGGUUAGGAAGAUGGGGAAAAUUUUCAGGGUGGUAACUCUGUGUGACUAGAAUCAUAAUGGUCCAUUGAUAGACAUUUCAGUUGUGCAUUUAUGCUAUUUUGUAUUUUCUCCACACGAUAUGAAUGAAAAUAAUGUGUUCUAUUGA